GAAAUUCUCCAUAGCUUGUGUUAUUAGGGAAGAAGGGGAAAGGCAACUUCGCCACUGUGAUAUAUUGCCAUACUUUAGUUUCUUGCAGAAUUAUUAGUGGAGACUAAAAAGAUCAGAGAAGAAGACAGCGGGAAGCAAUAGAGACGAAAACUCAUAACGGAGAAGAUUGGGAAGACAAAGCAAACAAUUGGAAGUUUCUUAAAGAAAGUGCGCCCGGAAGAGUCGAACCCUUUUGGAUUCAAAAAAGAUGGCUGGACAAUCUGAUCCUCACUUCUCUCUGUUUUCAGCUGAAGAGCUUGAAUUUGUAGCUGAGGAUGACAUGGUUGAGAUUGUACCCAAUCUCAAAAUGGAUGCUCUCAACCUGAUAAGUGGAGAUUUUGGUCCAUUUGCCCCACAAAUAGCUACUCAAGUGCCGUUGUGGUUGGCUGUGGCUUUGAAGAGGAGAGGAAAAUGCUCUAUUCGCCCUCCUGAAUGGAUGUCAGUUGACGGCAAAGAGGGGAAGAGAGUGAAGAGGUCUACGAAUAAUUUAACUCAAGUUCUGGAGGCUGAGCGAGAAUCUCAGGAAAUGUCUGAAAAAUUACCAUUUCAUUAUGUAGAAAUCUCAAGACUUCUCUUUGAUCAUGCACGCGAUGACAUUCCUGAUGUAUAUAUGGUGAGAUCUCUAAUUGAGGACAUACGAGAUGUAAGAUUUCAUAAAGUAAGGACCGACUUAGAGGCAUUCAAUGGUCGUACAAUUGCUGUCAAGAUUAAGAAUUUGUCGGCAAUGGAGGUGAAUAUUGUUCGCCCAUUUAUUAGAAGAGCUUUGCAGGCAUUCUGUAAGCAUGAUAGUCCAGAGUUGAUACCAGAACCAGAGAGAGUGGCUGACAAACGCCCACAAUUAGUCAACAAUGCUCCGAGAAGGCAACUACGACGAUGACAAUCUACAUCUCAUCAAAUAUCAUAACCUAUGGUAUGUGGCUGGCUUUGAGGUGCUUAUAUCUGAAGGUGUCUUUACAGUGACAUUUACCACUGUUCAUCAUGUAUUGGUACCUUGAGCUGACUCUUAAUAGAUUAUCUCUAAAAUUCUCAUUAUUGUUAAGAAUCAAAACAUACUUUCUUGACAACUAACACUUAUGUAUGCUCCUUCUGUUAUGUAGUCAUACUUCGUAUGCUCAUCAUUGGUAAUACAAAAUGAGCUUUGCUGCUCUAAAAUGUUCUCAUCAUUGUUAAGAAUCUAUGAACAUUUGAAGGAUGAA